CCCCUUCCGGUCUGACAAACGACUGAAACGCGACAUAAACAAACCGCACCGUUGUUGUAUUGUGCCAGUUGUUUCUAUAUCCAGCCCGGCUUGGUUCGGUUUGGGUGCAGGAGUGACGGCUAGCAUGGUGAAGUGUGUCGUCUCUGGGUGUCCGAACCGCGUGGUGAACGUUAACGCUAAACGGGGGCUCUUCAACCGACCACCGAAGAGGUUCUUCAACUUCCCCACAGACCCCGCUCGAGUCAAGGUAUGGCUGGCGGCGUUGAGGGAGACAGACAAGCAGGACUCGACAGAGCAGCAUGUAAUCUGUGAAGACCACUUCCUGCCAGAGGACGUCUCGACCCAUGGGGUCAACAAUGAUGCCAUUCCCAUCAUGCCCCCCUACCUGGAUGGGUCUCUGGGCAUGAUUAGCCCCUGGGGAGCUGAAUCAUCUGAGGAAGAGGACCAGUGGGCCACUGGUGGCGGGGAUGGUGAUGAUGAUGAAGAAGCUAAUGAAGGUGGAGAUGAUGGUCCUCCUGCACCAGCCCCUACUGCAGUGGAUCCACCACAGCAGGAUCCAGGUGCCACGGAGACGUUAGAGGGCGAGACGACUGGCGUCAGCCUGCUGCAGAGGAAAGAAAUGAUCCAGACCAAGAGAGUCAGCAGACAGGAUGUGUCCUUGGGAACGCUGACGCAGCACUUCCUGGAGCUGUUGCAGAACUCUCCGGACGGCUCGGUGGACCUCCGGCAUGUGACCACGAGCCUGAACACCCGCAGGCGACGAGUCUAUGACAUCACCAACGUCCUGGAAGGCAUCAGCCUCAUCGAGAAGCAGUCGAUCAACAGGUUCAAGUGGAUAGGAACAUGUCAGAUCUCCAGCUUUCUGUGGAAGAACCAGCAGAAGCUGCAUAGGGAGCUGGAGAACAUGAAGGUGGUGGAAGACUCGCUGGACACCCUCAUCAAAAGCUGCGCUCAGCAGCUGUUCGACAUGACGGACGACACCGAAAGCGCUGCGUUGGCCUACGUGACCCAUGAGGACAUCAGCCGGCUCAGAACCUUACAGGAGCAGACGGUCAUCGUUGUCAAAGCUCCGGAGGAAACCAAACUGGAGGUUCCUGCGCCCAAAGAGGACAGCAUCCAGGUCCAUCUGAAGGCGGGGAAGGGUCCCAUUAUGGUGCUGACCUGUGAUGUCGGGACAGGAGACGUGACUGGAGGGAAGAGCGGCUGCUUUUUAACGCUGGAGGAAAGCCGGAUAAAAACGACCACGCUGCACACAGAGUCAUCGAGUCCACAGAGUGCUGUGCAGAGUGCGUAGCCACCAGCUGACCACCAGGAGGCGCACGCUGUCCUCACAGUUCAGACACAAGCCUGGAAGGCGAGGAUGACGUCAGUUCGAUCAGGACGUUUUUAGCUUUAUGUUUGUGAUAAUGACCGAGUGGAUGAGCUCGUCUGUAUCAUAUAUUAUGACUUAGAGUAUGUUUGCUUUGUAAUUUUACCUCUGAGAUUGUUUAUAUUUCCUUUCUGUGUUUGACUUUUCUUUGUCUUUGUCUGAAAUGUUUUCACCUUGAUUUGAGUCUCCUAAUGGGGAAGAUGCUGUAAUCAAUAAAAAGUGAACUCUUAUGAAACAGGGA